AAAGCCUAACAGUAAAGGAAGCACGUUAUACACGGCAGUGGUUUUUAAUCCAAUAUAUUUAUCAUGGAUGGAAUAAAACAAGAGAAUUAUGCUCUUUUACAUGAUGAUUCUGACAUGGAAGAGUUUGAUAAAAACAAAGUUGACCAUAUUAAAAAUCAACAAGGAAAAUUAUAUCUGAGAAGAUCGAACACUUUGUUCUCGUGGACACAACCACAGUGGCUUUGCCACACGGUUUUUAUUGUGUUUUUGGUAUCUUCACAAGCAGCAUUGUGUAUUUUUGUGUUAACAAUAUAUGCCGACUUGGAAUCUGUUAAAUUGGACCAGUCGCCAUCACAAAAAGGUCUUCAUAAUCACAUUAAUAAUAUAAAUGGUUCAAGAUUUGAAAAUACAACAAAUGGGGAUGAAGGCGUAAAAAAUCAAGAAUUGCAUCCUGAUUCUCGGGGCAUGGAUAUGUUCAACAUCUUAAAAAAGAUCCACACAUUGGAAAUGAAUGCGAAAUCAAUCAAGAAAGUUGUUUCCAGUCAUGAAGAAGAUUUGAAAGUUGUACAGGAACAACAACAAACAGAAACGAAAAAGUAUGAAAAUGCAUUGGAGCGACAGUUCAACAAUAUAACAAGAGCCUUGAAUAGCCUUCAAAAUCGCCUAGAGGAGAAUCUGGAUAGUGCCAACUCACAAAUAUCACAGCUGAGAGAAGAUGUUUACUUUAUCGAAAAUUCCUUAAAUAACACAAAGCAGGAACGAUUAGGUGAAAUUGGGACAACCCAGAGAGAAACAAGAAAACGAAUCACAAUGCAGAUGACAUCUGACCCUUUCUUCACUACGGCUCCAACCUGGCUGGUGAGCAAUAUGAAAAAAGAAGAGAUGGCGGAUGACAGGACUACUUCAUUUCAGAUCUAUCAGAGGGCUGACGCCACAAUGCAACAGAUUUCAAAGCAGAAUGAAAAGACAGAAGUAAUGUAUCCGCUCUCCAUCCCAUUUCUGAAGAGACGGACAGAUUUUCAGGUUUUUUUCUAUGGAGCUGAUAAAGAUGCGAAUGGCUAUCUUACUUAUGAUGAAAUAAAGAGGGUUCUUGGCGAAGAGGCUCCCAAUGAGGAUGCCCUGGUCCAAUUUGAUGAUGAUGACAACAAAAUGUAUUCCUACACUGAGCUCUUAAGAAUACUUCAGCUAAGAGAUUAAAGAAAUACAUUUAAAGAACAGGUCAAAGACAGGUGACAAUGGGAAGUACGAUUUUCAAAGUGGGAACAUAUAAAAUGCAAAGUGAAAGUUGCACACAAUUUUUUUAUUUUUCAAUUAUUACAUUUACUCAAACAAAAGUUUAUUUACGUCUGACCUGGAGGUAAAAUUAAAUGUGUUAUUGUAAUUAUUGUAAUUGUACAAUGAAACUGAGAUGCAGCAUUAUUGUUUACAGUACAGAUUAUGACAUUAAUGUUUUUAAUAUGACACCAAAUUCUGUGUGACAUCACUUCUUAAUAAAAAAAAAUACUGUUCAGUAUAUGAGUGCAGUAUUUACAGAAACAA